CAGAAAUCGAUCAGAAAACACUAACACAUGCGAUACGAAAUGUCACGAUGGCAUACGUGUUUGAUUAGGUUAUAGAAUACAAUUAUCCGAUGUGUACCUCUGAUCAAUACACCUUGCCGAGUCUUGUGUUUUAUCAAGCCUCAAGGCAAAUGAAUUCAGCCCAAGCAAGAUUAUCUUUAUAAAGGAGAUAGCUGAUACAUAAAAGUGUAAUUCAGAGACCACAUCUUUUAAUUGGAAACCUCUUGUAAACUCAAGUGAAUUAGAUAUACUUAUCAUCGUAGCUGAAACAAGUCGUGAAGUACACAGAGAGAGAACGUUUUUUUGUUUACGCUGAAAUGCCAAAGGGAUAAUCCACCGAAAUGGUCGCCGUCUUACUGCUGGUACUACUGUUACUUAACCGUCAUGACCCUGCAUCGUCGGCUGGCGGUGGCUCCGUGCACAACGCUGCCCUGUACAAGCCGGCCUAUCAGAGUUCCCUGCACGACAACCACUACGCUUACCUGGGCAACGACGGUAACAACACGGACAUAUUUGCCGCUGGUCACUGUCAGCAUACGUUGUUUCAGGACACACCGUGGUGGAUGGUGGACCUGAUGGGGCAGUUCAAGAUAGAGAAACUCGUGCUAACCAACAGGUGAGGUGCUUUUUUUUUUUUUUUUUUUUUUUGACCGAUGUGGUUUACGUUCUCAGUGCUAGAUGACGCAAUGAUCCGUCCAAUGCAUGUCGUAUCGCGUUCUAGCUUACACUUGGUGUAAAGAUAUUUCCAUUGCAGUUACAUGUAGUUUUUUUUUGUUUUUUUUUGUAAUAAUUACAUUUAAAUUAUAAACAAAAAAACAUCUUACGAUUUGUUACGUAUUCUUCAAUAACAUAAUUCCCAUCCUAUUCAAAUGUGGGAGAGCACUUAGAAUCAAAACUUUUGAAACAAUAUAAAAUGUUCAUUUUUUCUUUUCUUGUUUUUCCCCCCAAGUUCUUGGACGCUAAUACUUAAAGGGAAAUGAAAAGCAGAGCUGCACAACCAGAGCUGAGAGGUGUGCCUCUUAAAAAAAAUGACCAUAAGAAAAAUAAAGUCAGUAGUUUAGGGUAGCGACGUAAAUAAGAUAAAAUAAAGCUGAUAGAAGUAAGUUGAUAAAAGAAAGUUGAUAGAAGUAAGUUGAUAAAAGAGGACAGUGUUUUGUUUAUUACCAUGUUUACCUUAGGCCGAAUGUCAGGUAUGUGCACGUGUACAUUGGGUGAGUCAAAUGCUGGUUUAAAAUCAAAAGGAAUGCACCAAAGAGCUUUAAUCAAAACAUUAAGCCAAGGCAAAAAAAAAAAAAAAAAAGUUGACAGUAAUAGUUUAGGCAGCUAAAAUAAAAAUUUGCUAAAAAUCCUAUAAAGUUACUAAAAAUUCAAAAACAAAUUUAAAAAUUCUAAAAAAUUGCUAAAAAUCCUAAAAAAUUGAUUGCACAAAAGAAAUCAAAUAUUAAACCAAACAUUUAACCUAACAUUUAACCAAACAUUGAUACAAACAUUAAAAUAAAUAUUAAACUAAAUUUUACACUAAACAUUAAAACUAAACAUUGAAACAAACAUUUAACUAAAAUUUAAACAAAACAUUAAAACCAACAUUAAACUAAACAUUAAAACCAACAUUAAACUAAACAUUGAAACCAACAUUAAACUAAACAUUGAAACCAACAUUAAACUAAACAUUAAAACCAACAUUAAACUAAACAUUAAAACCAACAUUAAACUAAACAUUAAAACCAACAUUAAACUAAACAUUAAAACCAACAUUAAACUAAACAUUGAAACCAAGAUUAAACUAAACAUUGAAACCAACAUUAAACUAAACAUUAAAACCAACAUUAAACUAAACAUUAAAACCAACAUUAAACUAAACAUUAAAACCAACAUUAAAAUAAACAUUAAAACCAACAUUAAACUAAACAUUAAAACCAACAUUAAACUAAACUUUGAAACAAACACAGAGGCAAAAAAUCAAAGCUGGCAUGAAAUUAAUUAGAAGAAAACUCAGACAAAUCCGGCGACGCUCCUGGAGCCUAACUGCAUCGGCUUGACGCUCCCGUCAGUUCACCGGCUGCGUGGAGAUAUGAGGUCUGCUGACUGGGAGGCAGGUUAUUCUCCAUAACAAAAAAAUCUCAGGCCCUUUGACUUCGUCACGUUAUGGCAUCAUUGAGACGGAUGGAUGCUGGGAAUGUUCACUGUAUUAUUUAAUGUAAAUAGAAUAAUUCCUGACGUUUAGACGUAAGAGAGACCUCUCGAAGUCAGCCUCGCAUUUUAAGCAUGCACCAUUACAGUUAUUAUUUUCAAUUUAUGUAAACUGGUGUCCUAUUUUUAUAGGUUGAUAGCUAGAGAUGCCUCUUGGAUUCCUAGAAAUUGUUUUUGAGCUUCGGAGAACUGAUAUUUAAAUAGUUUUAUCUAUACGAACACAUUAGUCAUUUUUGGUGCGAAUUAUCAAUUUAGUGGCUAACAUUGACUGUACAUGUGUAUUCUGUCCUGCAAUUCAAAUAUUUGUUGGUAUUUCUUUUGUGUGUGUGUGUGUGUGCCUCGGUAUUCUGGGAAGGGUGUAGACUCUAGAUGUAAUGUAGGUCAUAAAAAAAGAUGAAGUAGUGGGGCACUGAUUAAAAGAGACAAUCUUUGGAACAUACUCAUUGUAUUUUUAGAAUAUGGAGUUGUGAGACUUAAAAAAACUAGAUGGGUGGGAAUUUAUUAUAUUUUUUGUUUAGUUGAAAAAUAGGGCUUCAAUUUAUGGUUGGGGGGGGGGGAGGCAGGCGGGUCAUUUUAGGCGGUUAUUAAUAGCACUUGUUUCUGUAAAAACACUGGUAAUAAUAUUUAAAACGAUUUCUUUCCAGAGCCGAAGGAUCAGAUAGAUUAAAAAACUUUGCAAUCGACAUUUUCAAAACAGACCCCAGGCAGCUGCCCAGCUUUCCCUCGGCCACUGGUCAGAUAUGUUACAGCCAGAUAGCGCCACUGACCAACGGGACAUUCACGUGGCAAUGCCCCGCUCCUAUUGUCGGGAGGUUUGUAAGGCUUGUCAUGUGAGUUCAUAGUGUGUUAUUUUUUAAUAUAUACUCUUUCUUCUGAUCUUUGCUUUUGUUAAGGGCUUGUGCCCAUUCUUACUCCUUUUCUUUUCUUUCAUUUUUAGGUGUAGGUAGCGUGAAAGAUAUAUUCUGUACAUUUAAUUUAUAAUUACUAUUCUUUAGUGUUGUUAUGAUAACGAAGGUGGUUUUCCGAAACGCUUGAAUUGGUAUUUUAUCUCAUCAUGGUCAUUUCUUACUUACCACAGUGUUUUAUUUACACAAGUUGUCUCUGUCUCAUUAUUUUAUUUUUAUAUUAAGUUAUAGAACAUUUUACUUCUCAAAGAUGUUGACUUCAUCAGCGUUUUCAUCAAAAACGAUGUCAGUCACACAUCUCUUGAAAAGUUCGACAUUUUAGCUAUGUUAGUCCCGUCAGUUGACCCUUUAUUGGAACUUUUAAAAAAAAAUGCGUGUUAUAUUCUUAGCAAUUUGUUUUCAAUUAAAUUCACCGACUCACAGAUUAGCCAACAUUAGCCAAAUAUCCCAUGGAAGUAAAAAGAACUGUCAUGUGGAUGGGUCCUCGUGACCUACAUUAAACUGUGAUGUUUUUUAAAAGUCUAAGUGAAUCAGGUGCACUGGUUAGUGGAAUGCAAGCCGAGCAAGAACGUCUGGUGUUAUUUAUUCCAUGAGAUUGAUUGUAGAUUAAUUCAAUACAGCCUUAUGACAUUAUUUCCACGUCAAAUGCCUACUGAAAGCGGACGCAGCUGUAUUUGAUGAGAACAUUCCGGCGCAUUUGUGGCGCAUUGCUGAGCUCACACCGAGAUUUGCUUUUAAUAUUGAUUUCGCCUUUCAGUGGAGAUUCCGUUAAUCUAACGGUUCUUAGCCUGAUGUCCAUGGGAUCUGGGAUACCGUGAAUAGGUGUUAGAUUAGCAACCGCUCUGUAAAAAUAAUUUAAUUCUAAGAAAAGGUAUAUGCUUCAUCUAAAUAUAAAAAAAUAACGGCACUUAAAUAAAGGGGUUAAGAACCCCUGCGUAAAUGGAAUUUAAAAAAUUGUAAACAAUGUUUGGAUGAAAAUCUCUUAAGGAAUAUGUUAAACGUAUUUCACUCGGAAUGAUAUUCUUAGUAUAAUGCAGUGGUUCCGACAGUUUUUCGAUUGUCGGCGCCCUUAGUGAAUGCACGUUUUCCUAUGUCCAAUUCUAACAAGUACAUUAUGAAGUAGAGAGUACUUCUUUUUUUUUUUUAAAUCAAAGUCUUGACUAAGUCUUGCCGCUGGAACAAUAGGCAAGGACGAGGCAGUGAGGCUGACGAAUUGAGCAAUUCUCCCUCCCUUUCAACAAAAUAUAGCUAAGUCAAGGCUACUUACUACUCAAGUUCAAGCCUAAGUCAUCAUCUCACACGAAGGACGAACUUAUGAUGUGCUAUAAUGUCUUGCUUCCUACGUAACAAAUAUAUUUUUAACUUUGAGACAAAUAUAGAAAUUUUAAAAAAAAUUAAACUAUGAUAAUAUUUUUAUCCAUGAUUGGAAUGAGGUGUCUCGAUCUAUUUGUGCAUUGCCUGACAGACUGAUAGCAUAUUGGCAGACAUGACGCCCCCUUCCGAUUGCUGGCAAGCCGUCCGUCACGAUGUGAUGAUGGUGAAGACUUUGCAGGACGAAAUCUAUAAGGCCUGGGAUGAUUCUUUACAAGGUCUGGGAUUAUUCUUCUAGUAUUAUAGGCUGGUCCCCAACAGCAAAUCGCCUCUCUCCACGUCGCUGGAUAACCCAAGGGAACAUCAUGUGGAUGAUACAGCUUGGCACCAGUGGCGUCGCCUGAGUUGUCUGAAUUUUUCAUUGUGCUAAUGUUAUCCACAUAAGGGACUCAAAUUCCGGGUUAGAUUCAGAGUUCCCUUCUCUUAGAUGAGUAGCCAAGAGUCAUCCAAUGAGGAUGAUACCAAUGUUAUCCGCCUACGGGACUCCAUCAUCAGGUUUGAAUUCAGAGUUUCCUUCUCUUAGAUGAGCUGCCAUCCAGGCUUAACCACCCGGUCCCAUCCAUCCGGGGUGCUAAUGAUGUUUUUGCUUGACUGGGCAUUGGCUGGCAUUGAGCUCCAGACCACCAAUUUGAGAUUUGCUCAGUUUAGAGCACCCUAUAUAUAUAUAUAUAUAUAUACAUAUAACGAAGUAACAAAGUAACGAACACUUUAAAUCACUAGUUGGUGGUCAAACGUGCUUCAUUGACCAACAUUUUUGGAAUUUCCUUUGACCCAGAUGGUGGAUAAUUCAAAGUUACCGUUGGAACAUUACAAAUUAAAUCACGCUAAAUAAUAAUUCAAAUCAGGAAGUACGAUUGAAAGCGGACAAUGUCAAGAGUUCAUUGUCGUGUUUCGAAACUAUUUUAGUAGCUCACAUAUUUUUUUUUGGUCUAUUUCCCCACAUUCAAAUCCUCUUCCAAAAUAUUUUCAAACUUAAUCUCCUGAUUUGAUACAAGCACAGAAGAGGACAUGAAAAGACAAAGCUCAUUGAGACGUGAAUAUUUCACAAGAAUUCCAAGGUGUCAGCACAGUCACGCACAAUUUCAAAAUAAUGGCCAAAUGCAGUGUUAGAUGAAGAACAAGAGGAUUUUGAAAUUGAAACAGUUUCACCGCAUGAGCGACGUGGACGAGGAAAAGUGCUUGAUCAACUAAUCGCAGAGGAUGAGCCGUUUUUUGAAUAAAAAUGCGUGCUUGUGUUAAAGAUAAAAUUUAAAUGAUUGUCUUGAAUGGUUUUUGAAAACGAUUUACAGGGAAUGGCAAAAUAGCUGCAAACUAUAGCAUGCUUCGAAACCUAGGAGUUUCAGUGAACAUGAUGGGCUCUGGGAUGACAUUUUCGAAUUCUUUGGUAAACAUAAUGUUGAGAUUCAACGGUAGAGCAAUGGCAACUAGAAUUCGUGAAGAACUUCUAUAUCCCAGGUUUCAUGCGAACAAUAGCAACUAGAACUGCUAGAUCUUGCUCUUAAAUUUGAGGAUUUGAAGAACGGUCUUAAAGAAGACACUGUAAUGUGUUCAGAAGUACUGUAAUAAAUAACAAAGACAACGUUUAUGAAAAUAAAGGGGAUAUACAUUCAGAAUAUAGCCGACCAAUCGUGACUACAGUACAUAUAGUAAUUCUAAGAUCUGUGCCUUAUGCCGCUACAGCAUAAUGAACGAGUAUAAUUUAUAUUCAGAAACAUAUUCAGUUUUAUUUAAUUGUUAUAAAUAUCUACUGACUUUUCCAAUAUCUCAAGUUUCAUGCGAACAAAUUGGAAACAGGUUUUAAGCAACUUUGCUGAUGACUUGUUGUGAUACAGACAUUGCACCAAACUUAGCAGAGGGACAUAGAAAAAAAAAUAUUGAACGUUGUUCCCACAUCGAUUGGUAUCAUGAUGCAUUAUUAGACAUUUAGGCUGUUAUGGGUUUUUUUAUGACGUAAUCUGUAUAGCUGUUGCUAUUUGCGUUGUUAUCAACAUAUUUUUAAAAAAAAAUACUGAUAAAAAAAAAAAGUAGCGUUCAUUAAUCUGAAAGAAUUCUCUUUAUUUUCAGGUUCGCGCAGGACUACCUUCAUAUUUGUGAACUGGAAGUGUACGUCAGCGACGUCUUCUACAAGGAAUCAUCAUUUCGCAUGAAGCUGAACCGGAUGUUGAAAAUGACGCCAUUCAUGACGGUAAAUGUUGAUGGCGUCAUGGCCUGUUCACAACAGUGCUCCUCACACAGGGAGAACGACGUCAAAUGCACCGCCUUCAACUGGUUCGCUGUGACGGGGGAGUGCCAGUUGUUUCAGGUGGACCCCAACAAUAUCCCGGUUCCUCUUGUAGUCCAAGCCGGCUGUAAUUUUGUUUCGGAACGAACUUAAAACGUUCCUUCUUGUUCUACAUCGAAACUAACUUUUAAAACAAACAAAAACAAACAAACUCAUCGUCUUUCCGUUUGAGCAGACAAAUUUCUUGUUUGGAAUUUGAAUCAUUUCCAACAUCUACAUAACGUUUCCUAAACUAAGACUCUUUCUCCCAAGUCCAGACCCCCCCCCCCCCCAAAAAAAAAAAAAAAAGUAAUAUUUUAUGGUUAUUUUUAUUUGGUCAUGUUAUCGUAUUAUGAUACAUGUAUUAUUUUAAAGUAUUAUUUAAUGACAUUUAACAUAUAUCCAUACACGAAUAACAAACACGUGACGUGAUCAUUGUUUACUUUCCCUUUCAUUUCUCAUCUGCCAUUGUCUCAAGACAACUUGAUAUUCACUAUGGAGUAGUCAGCUUUCCACUGUUUUUAGCAGAUUAUGUUACCAAUAGAAUUCUUAAGACUGAUUUUCUUAAAACCUAAAGAAAGAUGAAUGCAAAACG